GAUGGGCGCGGGGCCCGCCCCCGUGGCGCCUGGAGCAGCGCCGGGUCCCAGGGUCGGCCGGGCCGGGACCGGGAAGCGAUUAGCCGGGCUCCAGGACACAAACUAGAGUCACCUGGGAACUCCAGGAGGGACCUCCCAACAGGUGCCAGCUUCCUCCAUGGUGUGCAGCCUGGGACACAAGAGCUCUCCCCUCUGCCACCUUGACUUGCUGAAUGGGCUUCAGUAAUAGGGGUCCUAGGAGACAGAUAUCAGAGAAAACAUUCCAGAUGUUUAGGCUCCUUGCAGCUCUUGGACUCCGGGUUCACUACAGAUACCAUGUGGUGUGUGUGACGGCCGGAAGGGGAGACUCCCCUGAAAAAAUAUUGGCAGGUUUCCCAUCUCCUCACUGCCUAGAGAUUGUCACCCUUGGACACUGGAAGCUGGACCCCCAAGACUGACCAUACGCCCUGGCCUUUGCUGUUGUACCUCCUGAGACCUAGCUGUGCUGGCUGGACACCAGCCAGAGGACUGAGGGCAGCCAGCAUGGAAGAAGAGCAGAGGCUCCUGGGGGCUGCCAGGGGCUUGCUGCUGAUUGGCCCUGCCUUCCAUUCUCCUAGGCAGGGCGCCAGGAAGCUGGAACUUUGUUAUCUUGGUAAUUAGCUUCAGACCCUGGACUGAGGCCGGCCAGGUCUUAGGGCUACUUCCCACAGGCUGUGCACCCUGACCCCAAGAGGGAGGCGAGGCGCUGUAUACAGAGGCCCUGCCAGCUGAGCAGUUAAAUUGUCAGUCCUGCUUGGGGAACGACUGCAGCCACCCGCCCCCCCCACACCUUCCACCCCACCCCCUGCCACACUGCCCUCCCUGCCUAGGCUCUGCCCCUUAGGGCAGCUGGGCCUGGUCAUAGUGUGGGGCCUUCCGUUUCAGCCUUGUCAGGAACAGAGGGCACCAAGUCUUAGGAAGGGGAUGCCCCCAAGGGUGCCAGUCCAGCCAGCUGCCCCACCCUUCAGGCUUGUCCUACCCCCCCAAAUCCAAAUUGUGGUACCCCAAUCAACCCUGUGGGCAGACAUCCACCACCAUGGCCGAGCACCUGGAGCUGCUGGCAGAGAUGCCUAUGGUAGGCAGGAUGAGCACCCAGGAGCGACUGAAGCAUGCCCAGAAGCGACGUGCCCAGCAGGUAAAGAUGUGGGCCCAGGCUGAGAAGGAGGCCCUUGGCAAGAAGGGUCACAAGGAGCGACCACGGAAGGAGGUGUCUGAUCUAAGGCCUCGGAAGCAGGUCCUCUUCCCUCCCAGCAUUGCUCUCCUGGAGGCUGCUGCCCGAAACGACCUGGAGGAAGUGCACCAGUUCCUUAGUAGUGGGGUUAGCCCCAACCUGGCCAAUGAGGAUGGCUUGACGGCACUGCACCAGUGCUGCAUUGAUGACUUCCGAGAGAUGGCACAGCAACUCCUGGAGGCUGGGGCUGAUGUCAAUGCUCGGGACAGUGAGUGCUGGACUCCUCUGCAUGCUGCAGCCACCUGCGGCCAUCUGCAUCUGGUGGAACUCCUCAUUUCACGUGGCGCAGAGCUCCUUGCAGUCAACACCGACGGGAACAUGCCCUACGACCUGUGUGAGGAUGAGCAGACACUGGAUUGCCUCGAGACUGCCAUGGCCAAUCAUGGUAUCACCCAGGACAGCAUUGAGGAGGCCCGGGCAGUGCCAGAGCUGUGCAUGCUGAAUGACCUCCAGAGCCUACUGCGCGCUGGGGCCAACCUCAAUGACCCUUUGGACCAUGGGGCCACGCUGCUGCACAUCGCCUCUGCUAAUGGGUUCAGUGAGGUGGCUACCCUGCUGCUGGAGCAAGGAGCCAGCCUGAGCGCUAAGGACCAUGAUGGCUGGGAGCCUCUGCAUGCUGCAGCCUAUUGGGGCCAGGUGCACCUGGUAGAGUUGCUUGUGGCACAUGGGGCUGAUCUGAAUGGAAAAUCCUUGGUGGACGAGACGCCCCUCGACGUGUGUGGGGAUGAGGAGGUGAGAGCCAAAUUGCUAGAGCUCAAGCAUAAACAAGAUGCGCUCCUGCGGGCCCAGGGCCGCCAGCGCUCCCUGCUGCGCAGGCGGACCUCUAGUGCAGGCAGCCGUGGAAAGGUGGUGAGGCGGGUGAGCCUGACGCAUCGCACUAACCUGUAUCGCAAGGAGCAUGCACAGGAGGCCAUCGUGUGGCAACAGUCACCACUCACCAGUCCAGAGCCACUAGAAGAUGAGGACAGACAGACAGAUGCUGAGCUCCGGCUGCAGCCCCCAGAGGAAGACAGCUCUGAGGUGGCCAGGCCACACAAUGGCCAAGUAGGGGCCCCGCAAGGGAAGCACCUGUACUCGAAGCGUCUAGACCGGAGUGUCUCCUACCAGUUGAGUCCUGCGGAGAGCCACGCCCCUGAUGCCCUCGUCCGGGACAAAGCGCACCACACACUGGCAGAACUUAAACGCCAGCGCGCGGCCGCAAAGCUGCAGCGACCGGCCCCUGAAGGGCCUGAGACCUUUGAGCCUGGCCUGUCUGUUGACACUGAGACCCCCCAACCAGACUGUGGCUUCAGAACAACUGGGGACCCACCUCUGCUCAAGCUCACUGCCCCCUCGGAGGAGGCUCCUGUGGAGAAGAGGCCGUGCUGUUUGCUCAUGUGAAAUGUGACUCCUCAGUAUGGCAGGGUUCAACCCCAUGCCCAGCCAGAGGCCUCCUCAUGAUCCUCAUGCCCCAGUGCUGUAGGGGAGCCAGCACAGAGCCCUGAACCCCCUUCCAGCCCAGGACACUGGCCACCUUGCUCAGGGAUGGACUAUGCAGAGCUAGCUGUACCUGUGGGCCUCAGGCCACAGGCUGCUUAUCCUGUGACUCUUGAUAAAGGCUGUUUGCCACUGAACCUCCCCGUGUGUCUCGCUGGGGAAGGGGCAGGGAGUGCUGCUGGGUUAGGAGCCGCCCAUGCCCAGGAGUGCUCAAACCUGUAGAUGCAUGCUGGGGUUUGCAGGUGGCAGCCCCAGCUCUUGUGGGAGGGAAGCUCAAGGCCGCAGGCAAGAAGAGGUGCCUUUACCUCCACCUCUCCAGGCUGGUUCAGCUUCUUGGAGGCUCCUCUGUAACCCUUUGCUUUCCUGAAGGCAGCAGGAGACUUUGGAAGAAGAGUCUCCAUGGAAGUGCAGAGGGUAACCAUGCAGAGGGACAGGGACCCUGGCUAGAAGGGAUACGGUAUUUUCUACAGUAUUGGGCCAGAGCCAGCAGGGUAGAAGAGGCAGAAGGCUUGCUGUAGGCACUUCCCAGGGUCAUGGUCUCGGUUCCUGGCAUGCAGCCCUGAUCCUGGAGCAUAUCUGCCAGCUUCCGCCUGUGCUGGUAUAGGUGACAAGCACUUGGCCACUCAGGCUGUGCUGGCUAGGCACAAUGCAUCACAACGAGGGGGGCCCUUUAGGGGCCUCAGGCUGGAGGGAAGAAGGCAAUUCUAGAUCAUGUCCCAUUACAUCUGGUUUGCAUGGCCAUCCCUACUAGGUGACACAAGCACGGACCAGGCCAGCUUCGUGUCCUUCCCCAGGGCCUGUCCUUCUUCUAGCACCUGUGGUUGGAGGGUUAGUGUCCUUGGACGGGCUUGGGGGAGGGCUGGUGGCGGCUGGUUAAAUUUAGAGUAGCACUGUGUGCUGCCUGAAGUCCACCUGCUGCCGCUGCCGCUGCUCGGCCCUGCUGGGAGGAGGCAGGCAGGGGCAGGCUCUGCCUGGGCCAAGCCUAUAUUAAUCUGUGCUCUGGCCUAAGGGCCAGAAAGAGGCCAGUGAGAGGGAGGCCACCGUGUUAUCAGGGCCAAGAGAUCAGAGCCCUGAUUCCACGUCUGAACCGUUCUACUUCCUGAGCCAGUAUCCU